ACAUUCUUAGAACAUUCUAGCACACUGGAUGGUCACAUGACUUUAUUAAAAGUGUGUCCACACAUUGGACUUGAAUGAUGGACGGAUCAGUUUUAAUGACACCACAUGUGUGUUGUCCGCUAAUACACUUGGUCGUUUUUACAUGAUAGUAAAACAAAGUUACCAUGUCUCAAUCCAAAUGGUAUUUUCCAGGAUAUAAUUAAUUAAUUUCAUUUUUAAUCGAUUUUCUAACGGUGUAGAUCGAUUUUAUCACCAACUUGCCUCAGACAGAUUGAUCUGGUUGUAGGAAUAGAAAUCGAUUCAACAUUAAUCGAUUCAUCAUUACUCCGCUAAACUUAAGGCUAACACUUCUGUAUAAGGAUUAAGCUGCUGGAUAGCUUAGUUUGUUGAGUGCAGGACUGGCACAUGAAAAAUCAGGGUUUGAUUCCCAGGGGCCCAAAGAGCUUUGUCCAGUGUGGGUCCUUGGGCAAGACCCUUCACACUACAGCCCCAGUAGCCAUAAGAGGGCUAUACAGAGCUGUGUCAGGAAGGGCAUCCGGUGUAAAACUCUCUGCUACACCACCUGUGUGAAACCAGCAGCUCAGAAAAGACAUCUCGUCUUCUGGAUCAAGUUGUUUGUCCAUGAGGAGUGACAUGUCCAAACCAGAACCUCCAGAUUUCAGUACUGAAUCUGGACCCUCACGCUCACAAAGUCUACAGUUGAGAAAAAAGGACCAUUCUUCAGUGUCCAGCAGCCUUUCUCUGAGGAGCAACUUGUCCAAACCAGAACCUCCAGACUUCUGUAUUGAUCGUGGACCCUCCCGCUCACAAAGUCUACAGUUGAGAAAAAAGGACCAUUCUUCAGUGUCCAGCAGCCUUUCUCUGAGGAGCAACUUGUCCAAACCAGAACCUCCAGACUUCUGUUCAGAACCUGGAGAUCCAGACACAGAAAAAAGGAAAAGUCUUGAAGAAAAUAGACAAACUGGAGCUGAAACAUUCAUGUGGAGCAGAACUCUUCAAUCAGAUUUUGGUCUCCAGGAGCUUUUAAAUGAGCAUAAAAUCAGUUUAGGCAGCCGAAGCAAACAUGUAUCCCAAGGAACUGAUGAAACAGGAAGUGGAAUACCCCUGAACAGGAUCUACACUGAGCUCUACAUCACAGAGGGACAGAGGGAAGAUGUUAUCAACCAACAUGAGGUGGGGCAGCUGGAAACUGUCUCCAAGAUCAACACCCACCAUGACACUCCAAUCAAGUGUCACAGUAUCUUCAGAGCCUUUUCCGACCAACAUGGAAUCAUCAGAGUGGUGCUGACUAACGGCGUUGCAGGCAUUGGAAAAACCUUCUCAGUGCAGAAGUUCACUCUGGACUGGGCCGAGGGCUUGGAGAACCAAGACAUCAGUGCUGUGAUUCCGCUUUCAUUCAGAGAGCUCAACCUCAUCAGAGAUCAGCGGCACAGUCUCCUCUCACUCAUCCAAGUUUUCUAUCCAAUAUUCUGGAAGAUCAGUGCAGAGCAGCUGGCUGUCUGUAAACUACUGUUUAUCUUUGACGGUUUGGAUGAAAGCCGACUUUCUCUGGACUUCAGCAACUGUCAGGUGGUGUCUGAUGUAACACAGAUGUCAUCUGUCAAUGCACUACUGACAAACCUCAUCCAGGGACACUUGCUUCCUUCAGCCCUCGUUUGGAUAACGUCCAGACCUGCAGCUGCCAACAAGAUUCCUCCAGCAUCUAUUGACAGGUUAACAGAAGUACGAGGCUUCAAUGACUCCCAGAGAGAGGAGUACUUCAGGAAGAGGUUUGAAGAUGAAGGAGUGUCGAGCGCCAUCAUAUCUCAUAUUAAGAGCUCCAGGAGCCUCUAUAUUAUGUGCGUCGUCCCCAUCUUCUGCUGGAUUUCUGCUGUCGUUCUGGAGCACAUGAAGACCACAGAGCAAAAAGGAGAACUGCCUAAGACGCUGACUGACAUGUAUUCCCACUUCCUGAUGGUUCAGACGCUAAACAAGAGGAAGAAGUACCAGCAGAAACAUGAGACAAGUCUGCAGGAGCUGACAGAGGAUGACCGAGAAGUUCUGCUGAAGCUGGGGAAGCUGGCAUUUCAACAUCUAGAAAAAGGGAACAUCAUGUUCUACCAAGAAGACCUGGAGCAGUGUGGUCUGGAUGUCACGGAGGUCUCUGUCUACUCAGGAGUUUGUACACAGAUCUUUAAAAGAGAGAAUGGGAUCUUCCAGAAACCAAUCUACAGCUUUGUUCAUCUAAGUGUUCAGGAAUUUCUUGCUGCAGUCUACAUGUUUUAUUGUUACACCAACAAGAAGGGGGAGGUAGAGAAAUUCCUGAAAGGUCAAAUGUGCAACUUAUCUGUGGAGGAGUUUUUGAGCAGAGCCGUGGAGAAAUCCCUGCAGAGUCAAACUGGCCACCUAGAUCUGUUUCUUCGCUUCCUUCAUGGCCUCUCUGUGGAGUCCAAUCAGAGACUUUUAGGAAGCCUGCUGGGUCAGACAGAAAACAGUCCAGAGACCGUCCAGUCAGUCAUAAGCAACCUUAAGAAGAUGAGCAUUGGUGAAAUGUGUCCUGAAAGAAGCAUCAACAUUUUCCACUGUUUGAUGGAGAUGAAGGACAUGACAGUUCAUCGGGAGAUUCAAGAGUUCCUGAGGUUGGAAGACAGAUCUGAAAGGAAACUCUCAGAGAUACACUGCUCAGCUCUGGCCUACAUGCUGCAGAUAUCAGAGGAAGUUCAGCUCCAUUUGGACCUCAACAAGUUCAACACAACAGAUGCAGGUCGACUAAGACUGAUCCCCGCCAUCAGGAACUGCAGAAAGUUCAGACUUUCAUGGUGUAAACUCUCAAAGGCUCACAGUCAAAUUGUAGCUUCAGCUCUAAAGUCCAACCCAUCCCAUCUGAGAAAACUGGACCUGGCCUUGAAUGACCUGCAGGAGGCAACAGUGAAGAUUCUGUCUGCUGGACUUAAGAGUCCAAACUGUCGACUGGAGAGUCUAAGUUUUGAGAAAUGCUUUCUGCCAGAGAACAGCUGUGCCACUGUUGUCUCAGCGCUGAUUUCCAACCCAUCACAUCUCGUGGAAUUGGACCUGAGCUGCAACAAGCUCCAGGAUUCUGGAGUCAGGCAGCUGUGCACAUUGCUGAAGAAUCCAAGCUGCAAACUGAAGACUUUGAGAUUGUCUGGAUGCAGCUUGUCAAAGAUCAGCUGUGCUGCUCUAGCCUCAGCUCUAAGGUCCAACCCAUCCCAUCUGACAAACCUGGACCUGAGGUUCAACAACCUGCAGGAGGAAGACACUCAGCAGCUCAGGGGUUUAGUGGAGACCCUGAGCUGGCAGUCUCAACAAUUGUCAGCGGAUUGACGGAAGAUCAGCUUGUUGCCUCCUUUCUGCAGAGAUGUCCUCACUGGACCAUUCUCCAUGAGGUGGAGAACAAUGGAAGGAUCAGAGGACAGGGGGAUAACUCAUGACACUACGUUACAAACUGAUCUGUAAACGAAUUCACUGUCAAAAAUUGUCACAUGUACAGUUAAUGUGUUACAGUGCCACUCUCUGGAGUUGUGGUGAACUGCGGUUUUUCCUUUCAUGAACCGUCUGUUCAACAUUUGUUUUACUUUUAUCACUGAAUUUAUUCUGAGCCUUAAAAAUGUUAAUUCCAUAGGUGAGGAGAUUUAAAGCAGGUUAUCCAGUAAAAAACGAGUGCAAAAUGUAAAA